GUCGUCAGUUUAACAGUACAUGAUUGCGCACGACAAGCAGGGGCUGUGUUCUUGCUGCGGCUUGUCUCCCCCGUAAAGCUCGCAAUGGUUGGAAUGGUGUUUCACAGAUGACAGCUGUUUAUGGAAGGCCUCGGCUAGCAAACAGAAUCCGUAGCAAACGUUAGCUAUCUUUGUAAUCGUGGCUGUUUGGUGGUGAAAUCAGGAAGACUGCCUCAAUUCACUACAACAAUUAACUAACAAAACAAAAUUAUGGCGACUUGAUGCUGUAUUUGCAUCGUCAAGCAUCAAUCAGUGCUAGUGAAAUUUUCGUGCCCAUUUGUAUUUUGUACAGGAAAGCUGUUUAGCUUAGGUUUUAUCUUCGUUAGCUUUCUGUUGGUGAAGGCUAACGGGGUUGAUAUGUAGCUAGCCAUCGUUAGUUGAGCUGCUACGUAGUCUAUGCACAACUACGUCGAUUUUUGUAUCAUAUUUUGACGAGGCUAAAGCACAUGCAAAAGAUGACUCUGAGGACCUUUCUCGCAUGAGCUCUGUUGAACUGGGUGGAGGGAUCGCACUGCCAUUCAGACAAGCAUGUGGCUGGAGCAGCCCACAGCACUUCGGCUCCAUCUGAGGCUCCUCGCAUCGGUGGUGCUUUAAACCCCCUCCCCCGCCCCCCCCCACCCCCACCCCCACCCAACACGGGACCAGCUCUCCCUCCACGCUCUCUCAAUGUCUACACAGGUAUGUAUGAAGGCCUGCGCGUAUGAGAUCCUCUCCCUUUGGUCCAGCACCAUUCUAACUGUCCUGUAACAGAACCAACGUGAGCACAAGAGACAGACUCUGGGCUCCCAUGAGCAAGAGGGCAGCAGGGGUGCCGUCACCAUGAGUAGUACUUUAGGCAAAGACAAAGACUCCAAGGAGAAGGACCCCAAAGGUCCCUCCUCUGGGAAAGAAAGGGAAAAGGAGCCCAAGGGCCUGGGCGGCUUCAGCAAAGACGGCAAGGAGAGCAAGACCAAAGGGAAAGAUGCCAAAGACGGAAAGAAGGACGCCAGCGGGGCGCCUCCAGCCGUGGCCUUCUCUGUGGACAACACCAUCAAGCGGCCCAACCCCGCCACGGGCACGCGCAAGAAGUCCAGCAACGCCGAGGUGAUCAAAGAGCUGAACAAGUGCCGUGAGGAGAAUUCCAUGCGCCUGGACCUGUCCAAACGCUCCAUCCACCUGUUGCCCAGUUCCAUCAAGGAGCUGACGCAGCUGACCGAACUCUACCUGUACAGCAACAAGCUGCAGAGCCUGCCGUCCGAGCUGGGCUGCCUGUCCGGCCUGGUGACGCUGGCCCUGAGCGAGAACUCGCUCACCAGCCUGCCCGACUCGCUGGAUGGCCUGAAGAAGCUGAAGAUGCUGGACCUGCGGCACAACAAGCUGCGGGAGAUUCCGCCGGUGGUGUACCGCGUCAGCUCGCUCACCACGCUCUACCUGCGCUUCAACCGCAUCACCACGGUGGAGAAGGACAUCCGCAACCUGUCCAAGCUCACCAUGCUGAGUAUCCGCGAGAACAAAAUCAAGCAGCUGCCUGCCGAGAUUGGGGAACUGUGUAACCUCAUCACGCUGGACGUAGCGCAUAACCAGCUGGAACACCUACCUAAAGAGAUUGGUAACUGCACACAGAUCACUAACCUUGAUUUACAGCACAACGAGCUACUGGACCUCCCUGAGACAAUAGGCAAUCUGUCAAGCAUAAAUCGCUUGGGUUUGCGGUACAAUAGGCUGUCAGCAAUCCCUAGGUCAUUAGCCAAGUGCAGAGAACUGGAGGAGCUGAACCUUGAAAACAACAACAUCUCAGUGUUACCAGAGGGGCUGCUCUCUAGCCUGGUGAACCUGACAAGCCUGACUCUGGCAAGGAAUUGCUUCCAGUCGUACCCAGUGGGUGGACCAUCGCAGUUCUCCACCAUCUACUCGCUCAACAUGGAGCACAACCGCAUCAACAAGAUCCCCUUCGGCAUCUUCUCAAGAGCCAGAGUGCUGAGCAAGCUGAACAUGAAGGACAACCAGUUAACUUCCCUCCCUCUUGACUUUGGAACCUGGACGAGUAUGGUUGAGCUGAACCUGGCCACCAACCAACUGACCAAGAUCCCAGAGGACAUAUGUGGCCUUGUGUCUUUGGAGGUCCUUACAUUGUCCAACAAUCUCCUAAAGAAGUUGCCUCAUGGCAUCCGAAACUUGCACAAGCUCCGAGAGCUGGAUCUAGAGGAGAACAAGUUAGAGUCUUUGCCCAAUGAGAUCGCCUACCUUAAAGAUUUACAGAAACUGGUGUUGACUAAUAAUCAGCUGACCACGCUGCCCCGAGGUAUAGGCCACCUCACCAACCUGACCCACCUGGGCCUGGGAGAGAACCUCCUGCAGCACCUGCCAGAGGAGAUUGGUACUCUGGAGAAUCUUGAGGAGCUGUACCUGAAUGACAACCCCAACUUGCACAGUCUGCCCUUUGAGCUGGCCCUCUGCAGCAAGCUGUCCAUCAUGAGCAUUGAGAACUGCCCUCUCAGCCACCUGCCCCCACAGAUUGUUGCCGGAGGCCCCUCCUUUAUCAUCCAGUUCUUGAAGAUGCAGGGCCCCUAUCGCGCCAUGGUCUAAAGGCACCCACACCCAUGUCUGACACUGUAUACCAACAACAAAUAACGAAAGUAUCCAAUAAGACCACAGAAUAUAGAAUGUCGAAAUGGUCCUACCCACUUCAGUGCUGUAACGCAUUGCCAGUGGCAUCUGUGGAAAAGAAGGCAAAUUUUUCCAAGGCUGUCAUGAUAUAGCGCAGCCUGCUCGUGAGGAACCAGAGCCAUUUAGGUCUCCACGUCGACGCCCACAUCUACACCCAACAACCUUGCUAAUUGACAAUUCCCUUUGCCAAAAUUUAUGAUGUACAGUAGUAUGUUUUAGUUGAGCGGCUGUCAUUUAUGAUAUGAAACAUAUUGCCAAUAUAUUUAACAGUAAUUACAGUGGUAUAAUAGAUGAACAAGAGUACAACUGUAUGCAAAAACAAAAAUACUUUCAUCUGUUUUUUUUUUUUUUGCUGCUGCUGCCAUAAUCCAUAAUGUUUUCAAGUUUUCUUACCAUUUUAUUUUUCAGUCCCAUUUUUGUAAAACCACUCCUUGACUAAAAAUCUAUGUUUUAGAGUGCAGAUGGAUUGUUGGACUAUACAGAACAAAUAUCAAUGUUGGUGUUAAAAUUUUUACAUUUAAAAAAAAAUUGUGCCUAUCCAGUAUAGUUAACUGGUUAAUUUCUUAAACAUAAUUGUCAAUGGUUACAAAGCUAUGAUUAUACAUAAGUAUAAUUUAUUCAGCGUUUCCUUAUUAUAUUUUUAAUUAUUGUUUCAUAUGUUUUGUUUGUUUUUUUUUAAAUCUGUUUUCCAAUAUUCAUUCCCUUCUUGCAGGCUGGUUCAGCAGAAUCUGCUGUUCAGAGCCAAGCGGUGUGAGUGUGAGUCACACGUUGUACAAAUUAAAUGUUGCUCUUGUCCUAGUGAGCAACUCAUUACUGCUACAUUUCUGACUUCUGAGUUGAUUUGACUGCAAAACCUUAGAUAUGGACCUUGGCCUCUUUCCCACAAGUGAUGCCCGAUUCAGUCGGGUUGCAUAUUUCAGUGCCUCUCCCAAGAGAGAUGUGGAGAAGCUUUGGAGAGGAGCUAGAUCUAGAGAGAGGCUGCGAGCGUGUGUGUGUUUGUAUGUGGGCUGAUUGUUGCUUUGAGUGCACAGUGCUCCUGAUGUUUACGCCACCCACCCCACCCCCACAAAUCCCACCAUAUCUCCAGUGUUUGUCUCCAGUAACAUGUUUGAAACUCACAUGUUAUUAGAGCCAUUACUGCACACAUAUCAGCCACACAGUGAAGGAGGGUUGCAGAUAUAUAAAGCAAUUAAAGUGAGGUAUGCCAAAAAACAAACAAACAAUGAAGAAAUGAUUCCCAAUUCCCUGUUCUUUUGCCCAUGUCAGUAAGUGGGUCCUAAUUCAGUCAGGUUUUCUUUUUUUUCUUUCUUUUUUUUUUUUAACCCUUGUGGGUAAAGCCUCAGCUGUGCAUGUUGGGAUCUGACGCUUCUGCAGCUUUUUACCUGUUGAUUUUUUUUUUUUUUUUUUUUUUUUGUCCCACACUGUCCCAUGAUGCUGCUGGUCUUAUGCACUUUUUAAUGAUGUUGGCAUCCUCCUCCUCCUCUCGUAACAAUCAUGAUGUGUCAUGUCACAGAUUACAUGUCUAAGCGGGGGGGCAUUUUUGUUUCCUUGUGAAGUGUUUCUUUUGUUUUGAACUGUUAUGUAUAUUUUUAUGUCAAAAAGAAUAUAAUUUUUUCCUCAACAGAUUCAUUUAAAAAAAAAAAAAAAAAAUAUGUUCUAGAGUUAAAUUUUUAAUUUUGGGGCGGAAGUAUCCUCUUGAUUACAAAUGUAAACUUCAACUGUAUGUUGAAGUAGUCAUAUAUGUUUAUAUAAUGUGAGAAACCCAUAUCUCCUGUACUCUUAAUUUUUUUUAUAAGUAUUGUUAUUCAGAUCCCCAAUAUUUUAAUUGUUUUAUAAUUAUUAUUUCCCUGUUUUCUAAUGACGAAAUUUAAGUCUUCAGUUAGUAUUAUAUCAAGAGACUGUACAUUGAAAUCCCAUUUUAGUUUAUCAAAACCAAAUGUUUUGUAAAGGUGUUACAACCAGAAUUUGUAUUCAGUAAUGUUCCUUUUUUAUUUUCCUUCACUGACUUUCUUUCUCUUCUUUCAUCGUUUCUUCUUUCUUUUCUUUUGUAUUUUUAUUGGCAGCAGCGUUGAAUGGGUUUAGAGUAUGACUGGUCACUGGCUGAUUUAUGUAAAGGCACUUCUUUUUUCUUUCUCUAAGCCUUGUGUGGCCAGGACGUCUCCUACCCCUGCACGGGGGAGAAGUUACCGAUGUGACCGCUGCUUCUUAUGUACCAGCAGAACCCAGUUGCUGCUUUCAUGGACUUUUGGAAAACAUAUGCUGUAAAACAUAAAAAAACAAAACAAAUGAAGACAAAGCAAAACAACAAAAAAAAACAAAUGUUGAAAAUUCCUACACGACCACCAGUUAUGCAGACUUGACUGAGUCUGGGACAAUUCCAGUGACUGGACACAAGCAGAAAGGGUGGUCUUCAAACAGUGAUCAAAUCAUUUGGACCUAUGAGGUUAAAAAAGGUGCAUAAUUGAGCCUAAAGUUACAUGACAGACUUAAAAAGCAUAAAAAAGGACAUAAAACACACACCACACACAACCAUGUAAAAAGGGCUUUCUCUGUUCCUGCUAAACAGUACACCAGAGGCAUUGCAUUCCUGGUUUUGUAUAAAAGCUUCAAAUGUACAUUAGAUUUCUGUGUAAUUACCAUUAGCUGUUCAUAACAAAUGGAUAUUAUAUAAAAUGAAUAAAUGCCUUUAACGAGAACGUCAAGCAAGAUGUGCAUUAGGGCAUGCAGCGGAGAUGCUGUGUCCCAUCCAACCUUAUAUUUCUUUUGUUUUCUUUUUGUCAUUUUUUUUCUCCUUAAAUCUAUGUGCCAUUGCAGAGUGGAGUAGUGAUGACGGCCGAGCCUGGCCACAUUUGGGGGGUGGGAUUCAAGGGAACCCGAUGUGUUCUCACUGAGGAAGCAUUUAUCAAAAACCAGGAAUGUAAUUCAAUAAAAAUGUGCUUUGUUUUUAAGUUUUGAGUGGUGAUGGUGAUUACUCCCAGUUCCAAACUGCUAGGUGGUGCUGUCCAGGUGAUUUCCGUCUUGUGUGUCCACAGCAUCAGGGUGACGGCACUCAUGGGUCAGGGGUUCCUUCUAUAUAGUCUGUGAUUUUAGGUAAUAGAAAAAUGUUAGAAUCACAGUCAUCUGUCCAUGUCUAUCCCCUCCCUUCAUCCCCCUACCCCUAAUCUGUCUUGUAUGUAUUUCUUUCUUGCCUUGCAAUGUUGUAUAGGAAACAGCAUGUUGUUUUUUUUUUCUUUCUGGAGAAAUGAAAGUGAUUAUAUUCUGGGUCUGAGGAAAGUUUGUGAUUUCUUAUUGGCCAUUUUUAUUUUGAAUAUUUGGGAAAACUGUAUGGUGCAGAACUGCCUAACCCCUAUCCUUCUGAUAAGCAGCCUUAAAUGGUAUACAUGUUUUUUUUGUUUUGUUUUUCCUUCCUCAUAUCUUUGGUCACCUGGUGAUGGACGUCUGGUGAGCAUCCUGUGCUCUCUCUGUUCUUUACCUCUUGUUGUUCCUUUCUGGCUCUACAUGCACAUAGUUGAUGUUCCGGGCGACAGGAGACACAUUCUCCCUCAAAGCCAGACAUGUGGGGCGCUCUUCUAAUAAACAUUCUUUUGACUGCCUUACAUCUGCCAAGCAUUACCUUUGUCACGCCUGCUUAUCAGUCACUUGACUAUUUGUAUUCAGUAGAGGUAGACUGUCAGUCAUGCUGAAGCCAGAACUCAGCGGUGGGUUGACAGCUCUGUGUGAAACCAAAGUCGAGACGAGGGCAUCUCUGUCAGUCCUGUCCCUUGCUUUGGUAUUUGACCUGCUCUGUUUCCUCCAUCUUUUUGUCCUAUCUGCUGACCUUCUGCAUCCACCAAACCAAUACUGGACAGAAUGAGCGGUUUUGUAGGUAGAUGUCCUUUGUCUUAACACUGACAAAAGGACUCUUAUUGUGGGUUAAAUAUUCAGACACAGCUACCUCUUAGUAAGUCUGCAUUGCUGGGAAAGGAUUUUGAUAUAUGCCGUCGUAACAAUGUGUGCUUAUCCUUGUCCAGAAAGAAUUGGAAACCUGAAUGGUGAUACUACUCAGACCAGUGACCCCCCCCCCCACACACCCACACACACACACACACACACACAUUGUGAUGUACAAAAUCUUCACUGAAUAAUGUGUUGCAAAGAAGAGGCAUCAAGAAGUAUGUUUUAUUAUUUUGAACAAAAAAUCAGCCAACAACAAACUUCCUUGUAAUUUCUAAAACAAGAAUUCUAUAGACCCAAACUACUUGCAAAAGAUGGCACUUGCUAAGGCAACUGACCUUGUUUUUUGUUCUGUUUGUAAAUAAGUCUUUUAAUUGUAAUAAACCUAUAAACAUUUACAGAUUGAAGAUUGUGAUACAUUGUAUCCCGUAGCAGUUUUGUUUUUAUUUUCUUGUUUUUUUUUUCUUCUGCUGUUGCACCACCUUGGCCAAACUUUACUUGUGUCAUACCGCCCCCACCUGAAAAUAAGUCCAGGUCUUAGAGUAGAGCGUGCUUUAUUUUCAGACUCUUGGUUUGUACUUAUUUUAUUUGAACUGCUCUGGAAAAAAAGAAGCAAAAUUAAGCCAAGUUUGCAGUGAUUUGCACAUACAGAAGGCAGUUGGACACAGUUACUAAUGUUGAUCACUAAUGAAUGUACAUAUUGUAAGUUGUCCAACAUCCACUGAGAAGCAAAAUACUGCUGUUAGGUUUUUUCUGUUCCUCUUGCCUUUGUGUUAAAUUCUCCCAAUCUUUUUCCAGGGCUUAUCUGUCAAUUUGAAUGCCCAGCCAAAACGUAUAUGAUUCAGAGGGUCUGUGCCGCUCCAAAACCAUUCUCUGACAUGUUCUCCUCCUUGUGCUGUGCCUUUACAACAGAAAAGUGGGCUAUUCUUUGUUUCUUUACAGCAUUGAAGAGUAAUCCCUUAAUGGUGUCAUGAAUACAACCAGUCACUAUAAUUUUUUAAUAGUUGUACCCUUGUCAUGCGUGCACAUUGCAUUCUGGGUUUUAUUUUGACAUUUUGAAGGCUGAUUCGACAUAGUGUGGGCUUUCUGAAUAUGUAAUACCUGUACUUUUAAAUCCAAGUAAUUGUAAUGUUCCGUUCAUGUUACAUCAAUAUAAAGAGAUGAUUGCCUUGUCUUGAUUUAUUAA